AAAUUCUCGUUCCUUUUUCCAUCAUAUACUUCCAUUAGCAGCCCACCCCCACCAAGUUUUAGACUUGAAAUGGUAGGAAGAAAUAGUUCUGAUCUUCCUCCUGGUUUUAGAUUUCAUCCCACUGAUGAAGAAUUAAUCAUGUAUUAUCUUAGAAAUCAGGCUACAUCGAGGCCUUGUCCUGCGGCAAUUAUUCCAGAAGUCAAUAUUUACAAGUUUGAUCCUUGGGAAUUGCCUGACAAAGCGGAAAUUGGAGAAAAUGAAUGGUACUUCUUCACUCCUCGAGAUAGGAAGUAUCCAAAUGGCUUGAGGCCGAAUAGAGCAGCUGUUUCAGGUUAUUGGAAAGCCACAGGCACUGAUAAAGCCAUCUAUAGUGGAUCUAAAUAUGUAGGAAUCAAGAAAUCUCUUGUAUUUUACAAGGGUAGGCCUCCGAAGGGUGUAAAGACAGAUUGGAUUAUGCAUGAAUAUCGAUUGAGUGAGUCGAGAUCACAGCCUAACAAGCAAAACGGCUCCAUGAGGCUGGCUGAUUGGGUGUUAUGUAGAAUUUACAAGAAAAAGAAUUUGGGGAAAGGUGCUGAGCAGAAAGCUGAAAAUCCAAUAGCCCAAAUCGUAACUCUUGACAGUGCAACAAGUGAAGCAUCAAAAUUUCCCAGAACUUGUUCCCUGACUCAUCUAUGGGAAUAUGGUUAUAUGGGUUCAAUUGCCCAUCUUUUGAAUGACAAUUCUUUUAAUAAUAAUAUGCCCUUUGAUAAUCAGAACCCAGUGAGCAGCAAUGUAAAUCUUUCGGAGACAUUAAGGUUAGGACAAGUGCAGAAACCAUACACAGAUGGCAUGAAGUUUCAAGGGAAUUAUCAGCCAAUUUUUGUGAAUCCGGUUCAUGAAAUUCAAUGAAAAUCUUGCUAGGAGAUUGGAUGAGGAUCAAAAAGUAGAAACUGUACAAAAAGUGGCUAAUUCAUUUGUCAUUGUCAAUAGGAAGAUAUUAUCUUGAAAGUCUUUUAAGAUUUGAUAAUUGAUAUCAGCAAGUAAUGUUUAAGAAUUGUAAUAUAGUAUUUUUCGAUGUACUGAACGUAGAUUAAAAUCGCUUGUAUUGUAGAUUUAUAAGGUUUUAAGAAUAGUAUAUAUAGAUUUCUCUUUAUGUCAAAAA